GGCCCCUUUAAAAGCCCCGCGGCCCCUUUAAGGACCGCCCCGCCCCGCGACCCGGAAGCGGCCCGCCGCCCCGGAAGUGGACGGCGCGCCGCGGCGGGGUUGCGCGAAGAUGCCGCUGCCGGUUCAGGUGUUCAACUUGCAGGGGGCCGUGGAGCCCAUGCAGAUCGACGUGGACCCGCAGGAGGACCCGCAGAAUGCGCCCGACGUCAACUACGUGGUGGAGAACCCCACCCUGGACCUGGAGCAGUAUGCGGCCAGCUACAGCGGCCUGAUGCGCAUCGAGCGGCUGCACUUCAUAGCCGACCACUGCCCGCCGCUGCGCGUGGAGGCCCUGAAGAUGGCCCUGGCCUUCGUGCAGCGCACCUUCAACGUGGACAUGUAUGAGGAGAUCCACCGCAAGCUCGCCGAGGCCAGCAGGGAGCUGCAGCAUGCGCCCGAUGCAGUCCCCGAGAGUGGCGUCGAGCCCCCGCCCCUGGACACGGCCUGGGCUGAGGCCACGCGGAAGAAGGCGCUGCUGAAGCUGGAGAAGCUUGACACGGACCUGAAGAACUACAAGGGCAACUCUAUCAAGGAGAGCAUCAGGCGCGGCCACGACGACCUGGGAGACCACUACCUGGACUGCGGGGAUCUCAGCAACGCCCUCAAGUGCUACUCCCGUGCCCGCGACUACUGCACCAGCGCCAAGCACGUCAUCAACAUGUGCCUCAAUGUCAUCAAGGUCAGCGUCUACCUGCAGAACUGGUCUCACGUGCUGAGCUACGUCAGUAAGGCCGAGUCCACCCCGGAGAUUGCCGAGCAGCGCGGGGAGCGUGACAGCCAGACCCAGGCUAUCCUCACCAAGCUGAAAUGUGCCGCAGGGCUGGCGGAGUUGGCCGCUCGCAAGUACAAGCAGGCGGCGAAGUGCUUCCUGCUGGCCUCCUUUGACCACUGCGACUUCCCCGAGCUCCUGUCCCCCAGCAACGUGGCCGUAUACGGUGGCCUCUGCGCGCUGGCCACGUUCGACCGGCAAGAGCUGCAGCGCAACGUCAUCUCCAGCAGCUCCUUCAAGCUGUUCCUGGAGCUGGAGCCGCAGGUCCGGGACAUCAUCUUCAAGUUCUACGAGUCCAAGUAUGCCUCGUGCCUGAAGAUGCUGGACGAGAUGAAGGAUAACCUACUCUUGGACAUGUACCUGGCGCCCCAUGUCAGGACCCUGUACACCCAGAUCCGCAACCGUGCUCUCAUCCAGUAUUUCAGCCCCUACGUGUCGGCGGACAUGCGCAGGAUGGCCACGGCCUUCAACACCACGGUGGCGGCGCUGGAGGAUGAGCUGACGCAGCUCAUCCUGGAGGGACUCAUUAAUGCCCGCAUAGACUCGCACAGCAAGAUCCUAUACGCCCGGGACGUGGAUCAGCGCAGCACCACCUUCGAGAAGUCCCUGCUCAUGGGCAAGGAGUUCCAGCGCCGCGCCAAGGCUAUGAUCCUGCGCGCGGCCGUGCUGCGGAACCAGGUGCACGUGAAGUCCCCGCCCCGCGAAGGGAGCCAGGGAGAGCUGACUCCGGCCAACAGCCAGUCCCGGAUGAGCACCAACAUGUGAGGCUGCCGAUCGCCCCGCCCCCCCAUGGCCCCCCUGGGGACAGCCUGCAGGGCCCCG